AUGGGGAAGCUCCUCGCUCUGUUCGUAUUGAGUAAUGCAUUGGCCUCUGUUUCUUCAGUGUCAAUCACGGAGAUCCAGGGAACCGCGUUCUCGAGCCCUCUUACCGGCAAGACGGUUCAUAACGUUACUGGAGUGGUGGCCUCCGAUGGCUUUUAUCUCGUUGGAGACAAGUCAGACGAUGUUCGCGCCUCGAAUGGACUCUUUAUCUUCACAUCCUCGGCCCCUUCCGCCGUCGAUAUUGGAGAUGCCGUCUCACUAAGUGGUCGGGUCACUGAGUUCAGAGCAGCUUCGACUCCCAACAAUCUUUUCCUGACGGAAAUCACGAACCCGGCGAAUAUUACAAAGUUGUCUACCAACAAUGUGGUUACUCCCGUCGUCCUCGGAAGAGACCGAUUCCCCCCGACACGCUAUUUCUCCUCUCUCGACGUUGGUCCUGAUGGCUUCCUCAGCAUCCCAAACAACAGCAGUCGCGUCCAAGUCGUAAACGCCACGCUACAACCUGACAAGUAUGGCCUCGACUUCUGGGAGAGCUUGGAGGGUCAGCUUGUGACUAUUCCUGGACCAAUUGUAACCAACUUCCAAAACAAUUUCGGGGAAUUCUGGGUAUAUGGUCGUUGGCCGGUUACAGGCAGGAACAAUCGGGGCGGCCUCACUAUUACCUUCGGUCCCGAUGGAAUUCCUGAUGGAAACCCAGAGGCCAUUCUCAUUGAUAACCCCUUGGAUGGAACGACAAAUCCCCAGGUUGCAAUGGGCGUUGGCCUCUCUGAUAUCACUGGAGUAGUGACAUACCAGUUUGGGUUCUACUACGUCGUGCCACUGACAGCGCCAACUGUGAUCUCUCGUCCGAAGCAAUCUGCCCAGCCUACGACCUUGGAGGCAAAGCGGACAAUCAUCGAUAGAAUUUUCGACAGAUGCGCUAUUACCUUUGGAGACUAUAACGUAGAAAACUUGGCGCCGAACUCCCGUCAUCUCCCUACCAUUGCCAAGCAUAUUGUCGACUACCUUCGUACCCCCGAUUUCUUGUUCCUGCAAGAGAUUCAAGACGACUCUGGUCCCACUGACGACGGAACGGUAUCGGCUAACCUUACCCUGGCAACUUUGGCCAACGCCAUUCGGGACCUCAGCGGCGUGAGGUACUCGUUUGCUCAGGUAGACCCAGUCGAUGGCCAGGAUGGUGGUCAACCUGGAGGCAACAUCAGAACAGCGUUCAUGUUCAAGCCAGAAGUAUUGAAGCUUGUCAACGGGUCGCCUGUUGGGGGGUCUCGAGACCCCGUUGCUGUUGAAGGUCGUCGUGGCAAGCCCAAACUCAACUUCAACCCUGGCAGGAUCGAACCCGCCGGUGCUGUCUGGAACGCGACCAGGAAGCCUCUCGUUGCGCAUUGGGAGACCAGCUUUGGACAAGAACUGUUCACUGUGAACUUGCAUCUCAGUUCCAAGGGAGGAAGCAGCUCAACGCAAGGCGACGCCCGACCCCCGGUCAACAACCCCAUUGAGAGCCGAACUGCCCAGGUUAGCAGCGUGGCGAACUUUGUCAAAGCCGUCCUGGAUCGAGAUUCCAACGCCAAUAUUGUCGUCGCGGGUGACUUUAACGAGUUCAUCCAUACUCGGUCGGUGUACAAGCCUAUCGUUCAACAUCUUACGGACAUCGAUGAAGCUGCGAGGAUUCCCCAGGAAGAACGGUACAGCUACCUUUUCGAUCAAAAUGCCCAACAACUCGACCACGCUCUCGUGUCAUCGUCGAUCAGGCGGAGAAAGGUGGAGUUUGAACAUAUCCACAUCAACACUUGGGCACCUAGCCUGAGUGAGCGCAUUAGCGACCAUGAUCCUUCUGUUGGAAAGAUACGCUUAUGUUGA